GCUGUCAAGUAUCAAGUCAAAUCUGUGUUGGUACACCUGUCGACGUCAUUAGUGGAAGUGUCGUCUUGUCUGUUCUAAAUUUCGUCUUUUGUAUAUAAAAUUGGUGCUAACGUAUUGAAAUUACAAUUUAAUAGGUGUUUUUUAUGUCUCAGAGAAGUGUUUUCUAUAUUAGUGAUACGUGAUCUCGUGAUAAGGAAAAAGGAAUAACUCUUUAAGGUAAAAUGGCAAACAGGACUGGUACAGCUCAACGACCAAAUGGUUCCACUCAGGGCAAGAUCUGCCAGUUCAAACUCGUUCUGCUAGGAGAGAGUGCGGUCGGCAAAUCCAGUUUGGUAUUGAGGUUUGUCAAAGGGCAGUUCCAUGAGUACCAGGAGAGUACCAUCGGUGCUGCUUUCCUUACACAAACUAUCUGCUUAGACGACACCACUGUGAAGUUCGAAAUUUGGGAUACAGCAGGUCAGGAAAGGUACCACAGUUUGGCUCCAAUGUACUACAGAGGAGCUCAGGCAGCUAUCGUAGUUUACGAUAUAACCAAUCAAGAUACGUUUGGUAGGGCUAAGACGUGGGUAAAAGAACUCCAGAGGCAAGCUAGCCCCACAAUUGUCAUAGCUCUAGCUGGUAACAAACAGGAUCUUGCGAACAAACGCAUGGUCGAGUAUGAAGAGGCCCAAACAUAUGCAGAUGAAAACGGGUUACUGUUUAUGGAGACCUCUGCCAAAACAGCAAUGAAUGUUAAUGAUAUAUUUCUAGCAAUAGCUAAGAAACUUCCUAAGAAUGAACAAACUACCGGUCAGGGAGGAAGUGCUCAAGGUAGACGACUGGCAGAGGGCGAUGCGGGGGCUAAAGCUCCGGGUAACUGCUGCAAGUGAUGGUAUACUCUUGCUGGACGAGUGUUAAUUUUUCAUCAAAAAGAACUGGACUGUGCUGCAGCGCUCUAGUGAUAUAUAAGUGUAAUAAAGGUCCUUUUAUCAAAAAAAAACCACUUAGAGUACACUGUCAUAUAUUUAAACUGUUAUGUUGUUACACGCAAAUCAAAGAAUUGUCAUUUAUUGUGUUGAAUAUAUUUUUAUUGUCUUCUUGGCAUUCAAAUUUGUGAUAAUUGUAUAAUAUGAUAUUUUGUUUAAUAAUUAAUCAUCAAUAUGUGGCAGUGUGGAAAAGUGAAAACGUCUGGUUAGGCUGACUGUAUUUUGUCUGCACCCACUGAAUUACUAAGAGAUCGAAAUUCUGAUGUAGACUUGAAGUAAUUUUAUAUUUUAUCAAUUUUUGAUUCUAUAAUACAGCCAGGCUAAGCUCAGGUGACUUUCAAUUUACACUUUAUUUGAUUGGGUGUAAAUUGCGAGGGGGAUAAAUACAUGUAUUUUAUUAGUGUAAUUUAAAUUAAAAGUACGUUUCAUAACAAUUUAGUCCUGAACCCUUCUGUCAAGUUUUUAUAAUUGGUCUGUUCUGAAACUUACUUUCUGAUAGUGAUGCAUGACUUGAGUUUUCCUAUAUUUUUAUUUUUUUAUUUAAUCACUGGAAAGCAUAGUUGAUCUGAUCAUUAUUGCAAAGUCAUGUGUCAAAUUAUUGAAAAUUGUUGGCAUUUCAAACUUGUCCGUUUUGAAUAUCAAAGGGGGUGAUUGACCAUAAUAAAUUUUACAUACACAUAAUUUAGUAGCUGUACAAUGUAGUGAGGUGGUUGUACAGAAUUUUAAAUAAAAAAAAGGCUAAUUCUAUAUCUUGGGGUAAUUGCAUUGUAUACUGUUGCGUUUAUAGUUUCCACUUAGUGUCGGAAUAUAUGUUAUUACCUAUAAUUCAGAAGGAAAAUGUCAAGUAUCAUUGUAUUAUAACUGAAUAUAAUAUUAUUAAUUUUAUUAUUUUAUUUGCUCGCUUAUUAUACAUGGUUAUAAUUCUGUUUGUGCAGAAUCAGGUUGUACAGGAAGAUAAGAACAUACUCAAUAAAGUUAUGAUAUACAAUUAA